AUGAAGUUAUUCGCUGUAUUGACUGCCGUUGUAGCGACGGUGAGUGCCGCCUAUUCAGGGGAUAUUGUGCAGUAUUGGGUCGACCAAUCCGCCAUUCUGGUAAAUGGGACAGUCAUCGGUGGACUUCAGAGUCCGCCUUCUGGCUGGUAUGAAGCCAUCGUUCAAGGAGCUGUUUAUCUAGCUGCAGACGACAGCUCCCGCGAAAGUCUGGCAUUUCAACAACUUGCUGUCUCACAUGCCGCACAUGACACUCUCCUAUGGACAUUUCAUGGAACCCGCUUAUACGCUACUGUGAACUCAAAGCUAAAAGCUAUCCUUCCUGCAAUUGGUCUCGAUGCAGCAUCGAAGGAUGGUAAGAAAGCAAUAAAAAUAGGACGGAACGCGGCGAGAGAUGCAGUUGUUGCUAGGGCAGAUGAUGGAAUCAACAAUUUCGUAGAUUAUGAACAAAAACCUGCGUUUCCUGGCGUAUAUCAAGCUACGCCUGGUGGACAGCCAAUCCCAGAUACACCACAAGCACAGUUUAUCCGCUUAUUCGGGGGUGUGGGCGAUGUCACGAGAUUUCGUGCUAUUCCACCACCGAACGUCAACUCAAGUGCCUACGAGUCAAUCUUCAAUUAUGUGAAGGCUGUAGGGAAGAAGAACUCUACUACUCGGACUCCAUACGAGACUCAAACGGCGUAUUUUUGGAGAGAAUCUAGUCCAAUUCAAUGGAACCGACUUGCUCACGCAGUAAUUGGAAACUCGUUAGCAACAAAUGUUCUCGCAUCCGCGAAGUUCUAUGCUCAAUUAAACUAUGCGCUGGCUAAUGCUGCGAUUGCUAGCUGGGACUCAAAGUAUUUCUACAACACGUGGCGCCCGGUAACCGCCAUCCGCCGAACCUCAACGUGGGUGGCUAGCGGUGCUAAUGUUUCUGACCCUUCUUGGGAUCCCCUUCUAAGUCCUACACCAAACCACCAAGAUUACCUAUCCACUCACGCUACAUUCGGUGGUGCAGCAGCCGCAGUUAUCAAAGCGUGGAAUAAGGGCGACAAGAUUGAUGUAACUAUAAGCAGUAACGUGACUGUUGAUAAUAUUGGUGUGAUUACAAGGAGAAUCACGAAUUUGACAGGAGCUGCAGUGGAAAAUGGGGAUAGCAGAGUUUAUGGAGGGAUUCAUUUCCCAUUCUCGUCUGAGCAGGGCAGAAUUGUUGGAGAAAUUGUCGCCAAGGCAACGCUGGAGCUUUUUGAGAAGAACUGGAAGAAGAUCUAG